CUCUUGGCGGUAAAUUGAACAUAUUCCAUUGAUUCCAUUAAAAAGAAGUGGAAGUCACUAUCGGAUUCUUUUCGAAUUUAUUCGAAGAAGGAGCAAGCAGCGAGUGGAUCUGCUGCACCAAGUGGAAGAAGACCGUGGAUACAUUUGCAACGUAUGAAUUUUUUGCGUGAUCUUCAGCUACAGAGCAAAACUAUCAGCAAUAUUGAUUCAGACUGUAAUGAUUCAAUGGACAUGGCCAGCUCAAUUUGUGACAACAGCAAUAGCAGCAGCAGCAUUGGUUAUGUAUCACGAAAACGUCGCUUGAGCGAAGACAGUGCAUUAGACCGGAUUGCCGAUUCCCUGGCAUUGCCGAUAUCUUUUAAUAUGGACCAAGUAAAACAAAUGUUACCUCCUGCACAAGCUGCACUUGAUAAACCAACCAUAAUUGGAAACAUGAUAGCCCAACUCCGUGAAAUAGACCCGGAAUUGCAUGAUGAAAUAACAUUACAAUUAUUAAAAGUAACAAUUGAUGCUAAAAGGAAGACAUAA